AUGAAGCACCUCAUCCUCGUCGGGGCGUGCUACGUCGACACGAUCCUCACGCAAGACAAACCCUUCGCCAUCCCGCGCUUCCCCGAAGAGGACGCAAAAUUACGGGCGACAAGCCUGCGCGUCCGGCGAGGAGGCAAUUGCCCCAACACGAUUGAAGUGCUGCAGCAGCUGCUCAGAAACCUGCCCGGCGGCGGCGACGGGUCUUCACCUCAGGAGGAGGUGCUGCAGAUGCACCUCGUCUCGCCCCUGCCGGAGCGCCAGUCGCAGGCAACAGCGAACAUCAUCGCCUCACUAACGCCGACGUCAACAUCACCAGGCCGGGAGCCCUCGCCCUCCUCGUCAGCCGUCAACUUUGAUCACUCCCUCUUCCGCGCGGGCCACCAGGUGCCGGCGAGCUGCUACAUCCUCCGCAGCGAGGCGACGGGCAGCCGGACAAUCGUAAACCACAAUGACCUCCCCGAGAUGACGGCCGCCGAGUUCCUGGUCGUCGCAGAGGCGUUCUGGGGCCGUGGAGAGAAGACGUGGUGGCACUUUGAGGGGCGGAUCCCGGAAACGACGCUCGAGUGUGUCCGAUCGUUAAGACGCGUGCUGGGCGCGAGUGCGACGGUAAGCGUCGAGGUCGAGAAGCCCGGGAGACCUGGGCUCAGGGAACUCGCCGCGGAAGCGGACGUCGUCUUUUACUCCAAGAGCUGGGCCGAGGUGAGCAUCCUGCUUGGGGAGAGACAGAGCCAAGCGUCGUGA